CCUAAGAAGAAUGUACAAAAUUGUACAUGCGCAAUAAAUAAUAGACAAAAUUAAAUUGUCAAGAAUAGAAACAGUUUAAAAAUAUACAAUAAAAAAUAAAAUGAAUUUAUUGAUAAACAAUGUUGAUAUAAUUUGUCGUGUUUGUUUAAAUAGUAAUAUCGAUUUACAUAAUAUUUUUACAAAAAAUGAAUCUUCGUAUACGAUUGCUUUUUCAUUGAUGGAAUGUGCACCCGUAGAGAUAGCUCCAGACGAUGGCCUCCCACAUCAAAUAUGCACAGAAUGUGCACAAAAAGUGCAAUAUGUACAACAGUUCAAAAAUCAAAUAAUAUCAUCGGAUACUACACUACGACAAUACAUUCAAAAUUACAAUGACACAAAACCAGAUGUGGAUUAUACAUCGGAACCUGUAGAUGUCACCCCCGAUAUUCAUAUGUCAUACAAUGACAUUCAUGUGAAAGAAGAAGAUUCACAUGCUGGGGAUGAUGAUAAAAGCGAUCUCAAACCAAUAAAACCUAUGAAAAAACGAAAAACAAAAAAGAAGAAAAUAGUAACUGAUGAUAUAUUAGAUGAAUUUGAUGUAAAAGUACCGAGAAUUCGAAAACCUCGUAAACAAUACGAUAGACGAGUUGGUGGUCCUUUUAAGUGUGAUCAAUGUGAUCGUACCUGUACUACAAAAGGUAAUUUAUCGUUACAUAAACGUACACAUACUGGUGAAAAACCACAUAUGUGUGACUUUUGUGGUAAAAGUUUUGCAUGGAGUUCAUAUUUAAUAAGUCACAGGCGGACACAUACCGGUGAAUACCCAUAUCAAUGUGAUUUUUGUAGUAAACGAUUUGUACGUAUCACAGAGUAUAAAGAUCAUCGACGAAUACACACUGGAGAGCGACCAUAUAAAUGUGACGGUUGUGAUAAAAGUUUUAAACAAAAUUCACAAUUACGUGUUCAUAAACGUAUACAUGCUGGUAUUUUUAAUUUUGAAUGCGAUACAUGUAAUAAACGUUUCAAAACAAAGUAUGUUAUGAUUAAACAUAAGCGUAUACACACGGGCGAACGACCUUAUGAAUGUCCAAUAUGUUACAAGAAGUUCUCACAAAAUGCAUCAUUAUUUAAUCACAAUCGUCUAGUGCAUAAAAUCAGUUCAACGCGACCUGUUACAUUAGAAGCGUAUAAUUUGAAACUUGAAAAAGAUUUAAUGGAAAAAGCAAAUGUUUGAACAAUUUUAUUUAGUCGAAUUAUUAUUAUAUAUAAAAUCGUAUGA